GGUCAGUUUGCUCCACAAAAAUGGCUCCAGGUUAAUGACAUGGGGGAGGUGCCUGGCGUUUCCAUGGUUACUUCUCGUAGCGUUUCUGAUGGGUAGAGAGCAGAGCCGGUGGUGACCCAGAAAGCCCAGAGCAAGAGGAGUCCAUGGGGGAAUACCCGUGCACGCUGUGGACUGGGAGGUUUUCCAGGGUACCAGUCCUGAGAUUUCAUGCAGAAGCAGUUGUAACCAAAGAUUCAUCACUGCGCAAGGUGGGAGAACGCUACCACCUGUCCUAUAAGAUGGUUCACACGGACAGUCGCCUGAUCCGCGAUAUUCUCUCCGCUCACGGCUUCCAGGAGGCCCAAGCCAACAGCAAAAACGUCAACCUCCUGUGGACAGGAACCCACGUGAAAUCCUAUCACUUAAGGAACCUCUCCAGCUUCCAGAAAAUCAACCAUUUCCCCCGAUCUUACGAGUUGACCCGGAAGGAUCGCUUGUGCAAAAAUAUCCAACGCAUGCAACAGAAACAUGGGAUCCACAAAUUUAACAUCCUCCCCCAAACAUACAUAUUACCUGGAGAGUACCAGGACCUGUGCAACGCUUUGUCUAAGGAUCGAGGUUUUUGGAUUGUGAAGCCAGUCUCUUCCUCGAGAGGCCGCGGAAUUCAUCUUAUUAAUUCACCCUCUCAGAUCAGCAUGGAGGAGAACAUCUUGGUAUCGAAAUACAUUAGUAAUCCGCUUCUAAUUCAAGGAUAUAAGUUCGAUAUUCGCCUCUAUGUGCUGGUCACCUCAUACGAGCCUUUAAUCAUUUAUCUUUACGAGGAGGGACUCACCAGGUUUGCCACUGUGAAAUAUGACCAGACCGCCAGGAACAUGAAAAACGACUUCAUACAUCUCACCAACUACAGUGUGAACAAAAAGAGCAGGGACUAUGUGAGUUGUGAUGACCCAGAAGUGGAGGAUUAUGGGAACAAGUGGAGUAUGAGUGCAAUGCUGCGUUAUUUGAGGCAGGACGGUACAGACACAGUCGCUCUCAUGUCCCAGAUAGAGGAUCUGAUCACAAAGACGGUCAUUUCAGCAGAAGGAUCCAUCGCCUCAACGUGUCGAUCACUAAUUGCUCACAGAGGGAACUGCUUUGAGCUGUACGGGUUUGAUGUGCUCGUUGAUGAGAAGCUGAAGCCAUGGCUGCUGGAAGUGAAUCUGUCUCCAUCUCUAGGUUGUGAUGCUCCUCUGGAUUUAAAAGUUAAGGCAAGUGUCAUCUCAGAUAUGCUGACACUAAUUGGUGUGGAAUGUCGGGAUCCCCACCAGAUGCAUGAAAAAGAAAGCUCUACACCUUAUGAAAACCCUAUCCAGAGAUAUACACGCCAGCACUCAGCCACAGGUAACGGCAUUGGACUGCAGCGCCAGCUCUCAGCCACAUACAAAAGCACUGAAGUGCUGGCAGGGCGCAGAGCAAAGAGUGCAGGAACAAGCAGUUCCACCCAGGGAUUGUCCCAAGAGGAGAUGAGGAUACUGCAGCGGGUGAGGGAGGAGGAAGACAGGAGAGGGGGAUUUAUUCGGAUAUUCCCCAGACAUGAUACAUGGCAGCUGUAUGGACCUUUCCUGGAAAAUAAAACCUCCCUGAAUUACAUGCUGGCAUCUCAGCUCUUCACUGACAGGCCACAAGCAAAUGGAAAGGGCGUUAUUAGCCCCACACUGCACGCAGCCUUGUAUGAGCGCAGGCUGGAGCCAUUGCUGUCACGCAGAGCGCGGCCCUGUGGGAUACACAGGCCAGUCUCUGCCAGUGCUGCUCAAGACCCCAAGGAAAUGGAAAAAGAAGUUGAGGAUCCUGCCAAGCACAAAGAGCAAGAUGGAGAUCAAAGCUGUGUCAUACCCUCUCUCAGUGGAAACACAAAUGAACAACAUUCUCGCUUCAACCUGUUAGUGGCCAUGAAGGAAGGUGCAAACCUCAGUAAGUCCCAGGCCCGUCUCGUCUUCUCCUGCAAUCUCCAACGAGUAAAGAGUCGCCUGCAGACCGAUCAGCACUUACCAAAUGAAGACGAACGAUUGGAGCUGGUGAUAAGGUUCUUGAAGCGGGCAGCCAGUAAUUUACAGCAGUCACUGCAUAUUUCUUCCCCUGGCCGUUCUGUCCCAUUGCUGGAGAGACGCCGCCUGCUAGCCAAACAGCUGGGAGAUUUCAUCCACUUUUAUAACCAGGAAACACUGCAUAUGGCAGUGACUGAGGAGAGAUCUGACCGUCAAGGCCAAGAGGUGAAUCAGGUGGAUUUCCAGGCUUUUUUAGCUGAUGCCAGUGAGAGUGAAUUGGAAGAAGUCGUAACAUUUUACAUACUUAAAAAUAAAUCUGCCAGUGUCUUUGUGCGGACAGAGAACAGCGCCAACUGCAGAGAUCCAAGAAGACGGCAGAACAGUAUCCCAGCCACUCGCUCAAACUCUGAGAAGCAGCAGCCAGUGUUGUCUAAUCGCUAUGCAAACUGCCGUCUCCCGGUAACGUAAUUUUCAAUGGUGGUAAUUGGUCUACAUCCUCAGACAUCCCAGGAUACAUUCUGCCGCACAGCUUCAUCGUCCCUGGAAUGUCCGCCAAUAGGUGCAAGAUGGGAUCUUCAUUUACAGUCCAAAAAAAUAAAUAUAAUUGGU